AUGUCUCCUGUGGAGCCAGCUGAGCAACCAGUUGCCAACACAACAGCAGAAAACAAGCGAGAAUAUGCUGAUACAACAGCUCACCAGUCAAAUGUAGAACACAAUGAGGCCAAUGUCUCUGCAGAUGUUCAUGUGGAAGAUCCUGUUGCAGAAACCUCUGCUGCGGCGAGCAAGAAGGGGAGUCAUCCAGAACAGGCUGCAGAAGAAAUUGUUGAAGCUGUAGCUGAGGUUGUGGUGGAGUCAUCGCCUGACAAGAGUGAUGCGAUAAAUGCAACACCUGGAGAAGAGGCUGCUCUCCGUGUGGAACCAGUCCCUGACUUAGUGGCAGAUAAUGUAUCCGAAUCGCCCACUUACCCGGGUGCCGAAACCGCUACAGAGGGGAGUUGUGAGAAAGGUCCUCCAGAACAGGCUGCUGGGGAAACUGUCAGUGCUGUAGCUGAGGUUGCUGUGGAGUCAUCGCCUGAGACCCCUGCUGUCACUGAUACAGCUGGGGAAGAGGCUGCUCUCCAAGACCAUGUGGAAACAGUCAAGUCUGUAGAGGGUAAAGUUGAGUCUGAGUCAGCAGGGCCGGUUUUAAAGACCAGAGCUGAAGAGGUAGUUGAGUGUGAAGUCCAGCCACUGUUUGCUGUUGUUGAGCAAAGCGUUGAGACAACACCUGAGAGCACAGCAGAUUGUGUGGUGGAGCUGAACAUCGAGGAUGCUGUUGAACCUGUAACAGCUAAGGAUGCUGAAGCUAAGGUAGCUUGCAGAGCCAUUGAACUGACAGAUGCAUUAGAUGUGGAGCCACCCACAGUUGAAACUGCUCCUGAACCUCUGAAAGAUCCAAAACAAUCCCACACAGAGGAGACCAGACUGAGCCAGCAGUCUGAUGAUACAAACACCUCUGAAUUGUUUCAAAACCCUGUGGAGGAGCUACGAUCCACACAAACUUUGAUUGGGACCAGGGAUAGCACAGCUGUUUGUUCAUUCUGUGACAAAAUAAUUGAUGGAAAUAUCAAGAUCACAUUCAGUGAACCUCUGGUGAAGUGCCACCCUGACUGUCUAAAGUGUGGUGUGUGUGCUAAGGCCCUGGGAGAUAUGCGGACCUCCAUGUUUUUGCGUAAUCAAGUGAUCCAAUGUGAUGGCUGCUUUGCAAAAGCUCUCAAGACCUGAAGCCUAACUGGGACAAAUAUGUCAUCAGAGAAGACCCAAAGCAUACUGUGAUUAAUGUGUUGUUUGGACUGAGAACUUCACCACUGUUGCCUUAACUCUGUAUUCUGUCUUUUGAAAUAAUUUCCCCACUGAAUGUUUUUUAGAACAUAUGUAUUGUCAGGAUUAAGAAUUCUGUAAUGAAAAGGUUUGGCAACAUAUUAUUUCAUUUAGUAAUUGCCAAAGAUGCUUACAAGAAAUACAAUCGACAUGAAAGAUUUUUAUUGCAACAUGCUGUAUAGGGUUCAAAUAAAAUCACAAAUUACUGCCUCAGAUUUUAA